AUGGAGCCCGUCGCUAACACGCAGCAGUCUGGCAACAAGCCGCAACCCACCAGCCUAGAGCAAACCACCAUCAACUUCUACUUUUCUUUUGCCUACGCGGUACACCCCGAGUACCUCGCUCACCUCGGCCGCCACUCCAAGGAGCGCGUCGAGCUCUGCGACAAGACGCUUGUCACGCUCGACCUCGCCUGGAAGCAAUCGGUCCGCCAGGGCAUCCUCCAGCCCGACCGGCAGGCCCUUGAGAUCGGUAUCCUUGAGGACUACUGCGAGAACAGCAAGAAGCUUUGGAAGAAGCCCCGGGGCCCCGUCGAUGUUUGA